AUGUCGGCGAAGAAAGUAACAUCAGACUUUGAUCAGCAGACACUUAAAACUAGUGAUGCGCAUUUUGAUAGCUCAUCAGAAAAAUCAGAAGAAUCACUUCUUGAGCCAUCUCGGAGACAAUUUGUGCUAUGCAAUCAACACUUCAACGGCAAUAUUACGAUCUUCACCUCCGAGGAUUCGGCUUCGAAGUAUGAUGCGUUCAAGGAAUUAACACCGGAUCAGGGGAACUUCCAUAAUAUAUUAGAACUUCAGAAACAAGGCUUAGGAAUACCGCUUCUAAGAGUAAAAUUCCAUUACUUUGAUGAGAAAUAUGCUUCAGUAUUAAAAUACAACAUACCUCAAGGAAACGUUCUCUUUGAAGAAAAGAAAGAUAAUCACGAAAUAUGUACCAUACGGAAGAAGUUGUUCAGUUCCUAUGUCAGAUAUGAAUUCCAAUUUGACUUUAAUGAUAAUAAAAGAUUCACAGUCUUUUUCUUUAUGCAUUAUAAGCUACCAAUUGGCGAUACCACGCCAUUCCCAAAUGGAAAUUCUUAUAGAUGGAUACAUUCAGAAUACCAUGAAUUGUGGCUGAAAUAUUCUUAUUCAUUAUUCUUGUUAGAUGAAGAAGAUUUGUCUAUGACUGAGAAUAUGGAUCAAGUCAGUGGAAAGUUGGAUCCAAAAAACAAUUUGGUACAGGGUAAUAUUUUAAAUCUUUUCAAGUUCCGUUCGAGAAAGGUAAAAGAUAACCUCGUCCCAAACGUAAAGCUAGGUUCUUUGAAUUAUUCCAAAAGAAAAUCUCUCGGCUCUUACCAGAGAACUGCAAAAUUCGUUCUACGAAGUCUUGAGGAAGCCCGAAAUCUUGGAAGUACACUUUCGGUAAAUGAUACUGACUUGAUGUUUUUAUGUAUCUCAAGUAUAAUAAAGAGACAUGAAGAUAAGAGGAAGAAGCGGAGAUACAGAAUGCGAACGAUGGCUGGUGCAGGUAGCGGUAGCUGA